AUGCAGUAUGUGACAUGCCACGAUAUCACUGGGGCCAGUCUACUCGAGCGAAGCGAGACCAGCUCAACGCAGUUGCUCCCGCCGAGCAGGCGCCCUGGAGGAGGCAAGGACCGGAAUUUAGGCUUCUGUCGCUGUACCAUCGCUUUGCGGUCCCUGUUCGGCAAGAGCAACUGCGUUGAGCUGCGAGAUGGGCCACGCUUCGCUCACUACAAUAGUUCUACAUUCAGUAUAAUACAUAGUUUUCUUUAUUUUUUAUGGGAGUUUUUCUAUUUCCAUUUUAAAUGUUCUAUGGUGAGCUCUCGUAGGAGAGUCCUCUCUUUAAACAAUGCUAUUGAUCUAUUUUCAAUUAGGGUGUGUGAGUGUGUGUGUGUGUGUGUGUGUGUGGUGUAUGGGGUGUGGAGGAGUGCGUGA